GCGGAAGUGGGGAGCUGGGCAGGGGCAGGGGGUGCAGGGCAGAGAAGCUUUCCUUUCUGCUGACCUCCCUCAUCUGGCCUUCUUUGUCCCAUCCCCUGCCCCCUGCCGGCCCCUGCAGGCUGGCCAAUCAACCGACCUCGCUCAGGGAAUCUAGCCCUGUUUGGUUCCAGGAGAACAAUCAGGUUGAAAGGUGAGCUGCCGGGCCUGAGCCUGGCUCAGCCAACUGCAGAGCUUGGGGCUAAGUUAUCCAGGAACUAUGAGGAAGUGAUCGAGGCCUGACCGGCAUUCCCCAGCUAGCAGCCAGCUCUCCCAGGAGAGGCCCAGCGAGCAGGGCCAGGCCCAGAGCCCAGGGCAUGGCACAGCUGGAAGGAACUACCCACCUGGAGAGUGCCUCCUACCAGCCCUAUGUCUUCAAGGUGGUUCUCCUGGGGAGCAGUUCGGUGGGCAAGUCCAGCUUGGCUUUCCGCCUCAUGAAGAAUGACUUCAGGGAAAUCCUGCCCACACUGGGCUGUGCCUUCUUCACUCAGAUAAUGGAAAUAGACGGCUCAGCCUUAAAGCUGGAGAUCUGGGACACUGCAGGACAGGAGAAGUAUCACAGUGUCUGCCACCUCUAUUUUCGGGGGGCCAAUGCUGCUGUCUUGGUUUAUGACAUUGCAAACAAGGAUUCUUUCCACAGGGCCCAGGGCUGGUGGAAGGAGCUGGAGAAUGAGUUUUCACCCGAAGAAAUCGUGGUGAUUUUGAUAGGCAACAAGACGGAUCUUGAGGAUUCUCGGGAAGUGACCCUGGAGGAGGGAAAAGCGUUUGCAGAAAGUAACAAGCUAUUGUUCAUGGAAACCUCAGCCAAAUCAAACUACCAAGUGACCGAAGCCUUCACUGCUGUAGCUCAUGAAUUAUUAAAAAGGGAAGAACAAAAUGGAGUCCAAACUCGGCAGAAGAGCCCUACCGUGGACCUGAAGAAGACAGCCACAGCACAGAAAGGCAGAUGCUGCCUGGACUAGGGCACCAACUUUGGCCUCCUGCUGGGCUCUGCUCUCCCAGCCAAUUCCCGAAUCUGCCUUUGCCUUCCCUGCUGGAUUGAGCUGCCCUGGCUCUGGCAGCGUGGACCUUCAAGGGUGCCUGUUGAAAUUCUGGACUUGCUUUCUUCUAGGUGCCCCUCCCAGGUGUCAGAAUGCUUCCUGAUGGAGCCUGUGGGGGAGAAGUGGGCCAGGGGCGUUCUGAUGGGGGUGGGGGGGACUGAGUCCAGAGUCAGAACACCUGAUGCCUCCACUCCUGGGCAGCUGCUCAGGGACUCCAUGGCUUCUCCCUCUCAGGGCAUCACUGAUUUAGAGCUGAAGGGGAACUUGGAGAUCAUCUGGCCUGAUCCCUCCAUUUUACAGAUGAGAAAAUACAGGCACAGGGUGUUUUAGGGGCCAGCUCUCGGUCACAUAGCCAGCAAGGGUCUGAGGCAGGCUUUGAGCACGCUAACCACUGCACCUCCUGGCUGCCUCCUGACCGGCCAGAGAGAGGUGUGCCAUUGGUGGCUGGCACCAGAGGAGCACAACCCCAGACGGGCAUGCCAUCCAAGCACUGCCAGAGCAGCUCAAAUAGGAAGGGCAGAAGGGAGAACAGGGAGACAUUGAAACACUGUAACUACACAUGUUUCAUAUCUAUACUCUCUUCCUGACUAUUGAAAAGAUGCUUUUCAAAUCCCUCAGUUUCCUUAUCAGUAAAUUGUGAAAACAAUAUUCGGACAUAAUUACAUUGGAAAUAGUAGCAUCUGCAGAGCCAGCAGACCUACCUCUCACACUUACUUACUAUGUGUCCUUGGGCGAGUCAUUGUUAGCGCCCUGGGUCUCAUCUGUAAAAUGAGGCAGUCAAGCUACAUGGUCCCUAAGCUCCCUUCUAGCUCCAGACAUGCCUAGGUCUCUUACUCCCUCCCUCACAGGCUUAAUGUGAGUAAGUACUACCCAAAUCUUAAAGUAAUAUGGAAAUUUGUUCAGUUGGUCAGUCAAUCAACAGGCAUUUAUUAAGUGCUUUCUGUAUGCCUGUUAAGAACUGGAAAUACAAAUACAAGUGAAAAGAAAGACCCUUCCUGUCCUCAGAGAGCUUCUAUUCGAAUGAGGACAAUACAUAAAGGAAGCUGAAAGGCCUGAGUCCAGAGGAGGCAGUCCAGUGAGAGAUGAAGAUGUUAUUAAACACAAUAGAUCAACUUAGAAGAUACUUUAGCUGACUAGUUUCCCUGCCCAUUGGUUUAUUGUGCCAUAUCUUUAUAGGCAGUGUGGCUCAGUGGAUAGAAUCCUGGACUUGGAAUCAGGAAGACUUAGGUUUGAAGCCUUCUUCGGACACUUAUCAACGCCUCUCUGAGCCUCAGUUUCCUCAUCUGUAAAAUGGGGUUGCUAAUAGAGCCUGCCUCACAGGGCAGUGGAGUGGUUUGAAUGAGAUAGUCACUCAAUCCAUAAGCAUUUAUUAAGCACCUACUGUGUUUGAGACACUGCACUGGUUCCUGGGGAGACAAGGAAAAAAAUGACCUAAGAAGCUUUCCUUCUAUCAGGAGAUUAACAAUAAAUAACAUGUAAAGUACCCAGAAAAGCUUAAGUAGAUGAAUGUGAGCUAUUGUUACUGUUGCCAUUGUUAAUUAUUGCUGGAAGGAAUAUCUAAUGCAGACACUGAGAACCAGAGGGGGGAAGCAUCUUGUCCGAGGUUGCAUGGUAAGGAAGUGGCAGGAUCAGGAUUUGAACCCAGGCCCUUGGAUUCCAAAUCCUUUGAGGUCACAUUUCUUUUCUUUUUCUUUUUCUUUUUCUUUUUUUUUUUUGGUGAGGCAAUUAAGUGACUUGCCUAGGGUCACAUAGCUAGUAAGUGUUAAGUAUCUGAGACCAGAUUUGAACUCAGGUCCUCCUGACUCCAGGGCCAGUGCUCUAUCUACUGCUCCACCUAGCUGCCCCUGAGAUCAUAUUUCUAAUAAAUGAACCCCUGAAGCAUUUGGUGCCUGGAGUAAGUAGUUGGUGGACUCUCAACCCUAGACAAAGCCUUUCUGUCCCUGGCUGGUGGUCUUAGGCCUAAUUCCUAUCCCUUGAACCACAAAUGUUGGUGUCAGACUGUGGAGAGUGGUGCCCUCUGGGGGAGGAGUUCACUGUAACUAAAAGUUCCUAAUAGAACUUUUCAAAGGUGGAAUGUGCUGCCUUGGAAGAGAGUGAGCUCCCUAUCACUGGAGAUCUCCAAAUGGAGGCUGGACACUACUUAUUAGCAGUGUUAUAGAGAAGAUUCCUGUCCAGGAUGGCCUCUGACAUCCCUUUGAACCCUGUGAUUAUUUUUUUAAAAACACCAACAGGGGCAGGUAGAUGGUGCAGUGGAUAAAGCACUGGCCCUGGAUUCAGGACCUGAGUUCAAAUCCAGCCUCAGACACUUGACACUUACUAGCUGUGUGACCCCGGGCAAGUCACUUAACCUGCAUUGCCCUGCCCCCCCCAAUUAAAACAAAAACACCAACACCUUGUCUUGGUCCUACCACUGCCAGGAAGACCAACAACAGUGUUAAAUAUCUGAGGCAGUAUGGGCCAGCUUUGGAGUUCAAGUCCUGGGUUCAAGUAGUGCCUCUAACCUGCUGGCUGUUUGGACCUAAGUAAGUGACAUCCUCAGUGUCCUCUGGGUGAUUCUCUAAGACUGUUAUCAAUCCGGUGUUGAUCUGAAUUGGUGUAGGGGCUUUCCCCAGACCCUGACCAAAGUAAAAUGCCAUCCCGA